GAUACUCACCGGCACCGGAGGGAGGGGAGGGCGGGCGGCGACCGCGCUGAUGGGACAAAGCGCGGCCAUGAGCCCGCUGUAGGCCGCUGGGAGCCGCCGCCGCCGCCUCCAAGGAGGGACGGAGGGAGGGAGGGGGUUCUGGCCGCGGGUGGAUGCCGGUUGCGGCCGGCAGCGCCCGGCACCAUGCACACCGUGCAGAAGGACACCACCUUCACCAAGAUCUUCGUCGGGGGGUUGCCCUACCACACCACCGACUCCUCCCUCAGGAAGUACUUCGAAGUCUUCGGGGACAUCGAGGAGGCGGUGGUGAUCACCGACCGGCAGACGGGCAAAUCCCGGGGAUACGGCUUUGUGACCAUGGCAGACAGAGCCGCGGCUGAGAGAGCGUGUAAGGACCCCAACCCCAUCAUCGAUGGUAGGAAGGCCAACGUCAACCUGGCGUACCUGGGUGCCAAGCCGAGGAUCAUGCAGCCAGGUGAGGAGCCCGAGAGGUCCGCCCCUCUCUCUGUUAGGACGGCUGUGGCUCGGGAAGCAGCGCUGCGGCUGAUUUGGCCGCCUGCCUGCCCGGCCCUGGGUGCUGCUGACGGAGGACGCGCUGUAGUCGCGUUCCCUCUGUGCCGUAUCCACUUACCGUACCUGUUACACCAGCACAGCGCACCCAAGUUCAUGUUUCACCAUAGGUGUGCAGCAGCUCCACCCCGCCUUCAUUCAGAGACCCUUUGGACUCACGCCUCACUAUGUUUACCCCCAAGCUAUCAUUCAGCCCAGCGUGGUGAUCCCCACCCCCGUGCAGUCCAUUGCGUCUCCCUACAUCGACUACACCGCCGCCAGCCAAGCCUACUCCCAGUACACCACAGCUGCCUAUGACCAGUACCCCUACGCUGCCUCUCCCGCUGCAGGCUUUGUGGGAUAUGGCUACACGGGCACAGUGCAGCCCCCCAUCACCGCCAGCACCCCGGCAGCGCCCGCCACCGCCUUUGUGCAGUACCAGCCCCAGCAGCUGCAGCCCGACCGCAUGCAGUGAGACUGCACUGCUGGGACAGUCUUUUGAGAUGAAAGGAUACAACGAGGACAACAAAAGCAACAGCAAAAGAAAAACAAGAAAACAACAAAAAAAGAACCACCAAGAUGCAAAAAAAACCCACAACCCCAAAGCAAAAAAACAAGGAAGAAAAACCAAGUCACCCUGCUCCCGUGUCCCGUUUCUUUAGGUGCAUAGCAAUACCUAAGCUAUUUAUAGUGUUACGGGCGAACUCAAACCCUCGCAGUCUGGCUGUGCUGAUGAAGAAGGACUUGGGGUCAAUUUGUCAAUCCAGACAGAUCCGUGUUUUGAAGAUGUUCUUAAAGUGACUGAAAUGAUUCACAGGAGAACUCGGGCUCCUUGUACACGGCGCAGUCUGCUUCCAUCACCUGUGGGCUUCUUUCUGCCUCCCCCCCCCCCUCCAUCCCUCCUCAUUGAACCUGCAGUCUUCUUAUUUACCGUUGGUGUGCAGAGGUACUCGGAGAACGUGGAGAAAAGCAAUCUUAUUUUUUUGGUUGUACAAAAACUUUGUAAUACUCAGAGAUGCCUUACGGGGAAAAAAAAAAGAAAAAAAGAAAAAAAAAAGAAAAAAAAAGAAAAACUAUUUUUUAAUAUUUAUUGCGAUUUUAUUCGCAUGAGCUGUGAAUUGCAGACAGAAGAAUAGUAGUAAGUAUCUGCCUUGUUUAAUUCUCGUUUUACUAAAUUAUUGUACGUAGUUCAAAGUUCCUCAGUAAUUGCUGAAUCACUUCAACUUGCAGGAGGGGGAAUAGCAGCUCCAAGGAGAGCUGGAUAUUCCUUUAGUCAACGCACUGUACUAUUUUCUUAUUGUAAUUGUUACUCUGUUAAGAUUAUCUCAAAUUUAGGUAUAUUUUUAAAAUGCAAAAAAAAAAAAAAAACAACAAAAAAAACCAACCCAACCCUACACCAAACCACCGCGAAUACGGAACCUUUUGUCUACUUGAGUAGAUCUUUUGUUACGAUGCUGCAAACUAUGGAGACAUUUACAGUAUUUAUGUCAGAGACUGGGGGCUGUUGGCCAGCAAAGCUUAGGAGAACAGCAAGAGUGGAGCAAAAGGAAGAAGGGUGUUACGUCGCUGAACAAAUGAGUAAACGCGACCUUUUUAUGCUUAUAAUGCAACAGCCAAAUAAAGAGAGAGAACGGGCAAUGUAAGUUAAGUGCAUUUCUACAAAGAACAGCAAUAAACUAUUUUAACUUUUAAAAUGA